CGCGAUUUUUUUUAUUAUCCCAAACCCAUCCACAUCUUCCCAAUGUCGCAAGGUGUCUUUGAAAAGGGUACGGACCUCUGGAGGAAAUGAGAAGAAGGGUCUGUUUUGACUCACGCCUGUCGAGAUGGAGGCAUCAUUAAGAAGACCUGUACUUUCAAGAUCAAACACACCUCAUUAGGUCAUUGCGGAUCAUUGUUACUCAGCGUAAGAGGCAUCUCUAAGCUGUGACCUGCAAUUUUUUUUUUGUCUAUGAGCACUGAAUCACAGAGAAGACUGCUCCCACCGUCGACCCAAUGUAGGAACUCCUCCCUCCGGUUCCCACAGCCUCGAGUCUUGCUUGGAUUUCAGCAUUCAGUCAAAUCCACCAGGACGGAGUAUGCCAUCUGCACCUUUUCACAGAAUCCUACGACCCCUCCUGCUCGGCACAUUCAUACUGGGAUGCUUUGUGACCCUGUUUUUGAUGUAUUUUAAACCAUCCACCAGCUGGUUAUCGGGUCCUGUAGAGUCAACGGCGUCCACAGACCGGGUCAAGAACCUCUUCUCCACCAAGAGCGACAAAAACGUAACCACCGUGCUGAUCUGGCUCUGGCCCUUCGGACAAACCUACGACCUGAGCGUGUGCAGCUCUCUCUUCAACAUCGAGGGCUGCUUCAUCACUGCGGACAGGAACCUGUACAACAAGUCAGAUGGGGUCGUCAUCCAUCACCGAGACAUCUGCACUGACCUCUCCAACCUGCCGCCGCUGCAGCGACCGUCCUUCCAGAAGUGGAUAUGGAUGAACUUGGAGUCGCCGUCGCACUCCUCCCAGCUGCCCGGGAUCGAGAACCUGUUCAACCUGACUCUCAAUUACCGUCAGGAUGCUGACAUUGAAGUGCCUUAUGGGUCCAUCGUAGCAGCGGAGGGAGAGGAAGACUUUGUCCCGCCCAGCAAAAACAAGCUGAUCUGCUGGAUUGUGAGCAACUGGAACCAGGACCACGUGCGAGUGAAAUACUACAAUGAGCUGUACAAACACAUUGAGGUUCAUGCGUAUGGACAAGCCUUCGGGGAGUACAUCUCCGACCAAGACUACUUCCCCACCAUCGCCAGCUGUAAGUUCUACCUGGCUUUCGAGAACUCCAUCCACAAGGACUACAUUACUGAAAAACUGUACAACCCGCUCUCUGUGGGGACGGUGCCAGUGGUUCUCGGCCCACCCAGGCAGAACUACGAGAACUUUAUCCAGGGAGACGCCUUCAUCCACGUGGACGACUUCACCUCGCCCAAGGAGCUGGCUGAUUACCUGCUGCUCCUGGACAAGAACGAGGAAAUGUACCUCAGGUACUUUGAGUGGCGGCGGCACUUUAAAGUAAAGAAGGCCUAUUUCUGGGCAGAGCACACAUGCCUGGCUUGUGAUUACCUGCGCAGGCACAAGGAGUACAAGGCAUUCAAUAACCUUGACAAGUGGUACUGGGGUGGAUAGUGCUCUGAAGGGCUAUGCAGCGCUUGUUUUGUUGUUGAAGGCAGUGCUUUAAGAUUUUUGUCCUUCGGUUAACAUGAAGGUUCAUUACUGUUCUGUCCCGAGCUCCCGAAUGAUGUUUUUCUAUCGGUUCUGUGGCACAGCGAGACAUCCAUCUUGUUUUGUUUAUUAUUUGCAAGCCAAAUUUGACAAGCCUUACUUUGCCUUUUGAGUUACUCGUUUAUGAUUUAUAUUUUUAUGAAUUACAAAUGCACUACAUUUUUUUUAUUAUUUCAGCCCAUGUUUUGCGUAACAUGCCCACAUUUGCUGCUAUUUUUUUCUGUUUUUGUUCCGUCAUUAGUGUGAAUGUGUGAUUGUAUGGAUGUUCCUGUGCAACAGAUAACAUUCAUGAUGCAAGGUUGCCGUUUAAAUAUCACAUUUUCAUGAAGUGGCACACAGUGGACAUCAGAAUAGUGCUGGCUGCAGACUCACACAAAAACUGAAAAUAUUUAUGUAAUAUUUAUUCAAGUGAGGCAUUAUAUGAUAAAAAACAAUCUCAUCUGUGCUAGUGAUGCAGUCACCUAUGCAGUGUUUACUGAACUCAAAUGUGAAAGUAGUUCAAUUGUGUCAUGUACAUAUUUGUGUAUUUUUGGAAUUAUGUAGCUGUCUUUUUUUUUCUUAUUUUUGUAAAUUUGCAUUUGCACUGCUAAUCCAACCUAUCUUUAUAUAUGUACAGUAAGACAGACGCUUAUCAUAUUAUAUGGUUGUAGAUGACAUAUGGUGAUCAUUACCCUGAUAGUCUCCGACAGCAGAUGUGACUGCUCCGUGAGAGGGAGGUUACUAUUUUAAUCAUGUUGUGAGUUGUUCAUUGUCACGUGUGAUGUGUCACAGUGCGGUUGGAUCCCAUGUGGAUGAUGAUAGUACAGUACGGAGCUAGUGCGCUGCAACAUGAAACUCCCAGACGCCUCAUUAUGUUGCAUUCUGAUUUGAGCUUUUAAGUGAAAACGGUGACGACAAAGAGCAUAAAAUGAAACAGCGCAGCUCCUCUGCUGCGUGUACUGUACUGUCAUCCCACUGAAAUAUUUACACUGAUAUUUUCAACUAUUCCAAGCAGGUGUUAGCAUAUGGGUGAGGUGGGUGAGCUCUGCCCACGUGUUCGGGACCUGUCGAGAACAAUGUGAAAGAUGUGAAAUGCUCGCGAUUAUUUCUGUCUUUGAAUCAUCACACCGCAGUGUCGUUUGGGGAGUUAGAGGUUGCAUGUGAGAAAUAUUUUUCUGGAUUAUUUGUUUACUCCUGUUUACAGUUGUGUGGCUUGCCAGCCAGCCUACACCGCUCAAGAUCACACUCGAAAAAGACAGCUCGGCAUCUGUACAUAUUACAUCACUUUUAAAUGUUGUCAGAACAGCUAAUCCAUGAACAAUGCAUCUCAACAGCACUCAGCAGCUACUGACAUGACGGUUAAGUCUUUACAGAACGUACUGUGGAAAACCAUGUCAGCACUUUAUGCAAGAUGAGCUGGUGUCUUCUUGGUCAAAGUACACAAACUUGUUUCAGGUUCAGGUUUCAUUUUGAUAUUUCUCCACUGUCAAAGGGACCAUUGAUGUAAAUUAGGAUGAAUUCAAUUAUUUUUCUUAUGGAAUAUGGUUCCACAUGCCAUAGUGAAACCUGUAUAUAACCCCUGUAGUGAACUGAAUCAUCAUCUAGAUCAAACCAGCCCACUAACACAGAUCAUUCCUGUAUGUGCACCAUGCUGAGGGAGCUCCAACGGUGUCUGAGUUCAUGGGGAAAAGACGUGAUGUGUUGUAUAUAUUUUCCAAAUCUCUUUAUAACAUGGAAGUAUUGUGAGGCAGUGAACAUGAUUUUGCUGCACCUUCGUAAAUGAUGCUGGUGCUUCAAGAGGCUGUGAAUCAAGGCGAAAGGAGAGAGACACUUGAAAAGAAUGACGUCAGAGAUAAUGGUUUUAGUGUUGUGAGAUGGACGUUUUCAUCAAGGGAGGCAAUUUUACACUGAUGUUUUUUAUUGUUGUUUUUUUGUUUUGUUUUUUUUGAUUAGGCGGUAAUCUUGUUGGCAUGACCUGAUUGAGAAAGUCGUGCCAAAAUGCAGCAGAGAUAUAGCACUUUUAUUCAUUUAGAGUUGUGUGACUCACUGUGCUGGUGCCUGUCUUAGCUGGAGCUAUUGUGAGUUCAUAAACUGUCAUCCAAGACCUCGGCUGUCCAGCAGAUUAACUGUGAAGCUGCCGCUCACGGUCUCAUAUUGUACAGUCCAAUCUCAUGUAUGAAAACAAAGGUUUCUUGUCCAAUGUGGUUGGUGACUUUAAGGAACAAAAGAUUUUUGAUUUUUUUUUUGUGUGUUGUCUGUCUCUUUCAUCCUCUCUUCCUUUCUCUCUUUUUUUGCACAAAAACAAACGUGAGGAGCUGUGGCUUCUCUGUCCCCUGUCUGAGUCUGCGAGUGUGUCACAGCACCAGAGAGUGAAUCAGGAUGUCUCCGGUUGCAGUCUGACCUGGCACUGAUUCUGCUGGAGUCCUUAAAAACACUGCGAGAUGAAAUCUUCGUGUGUGGUUGAACGUGAAGAUUUCUCCAGAAAUGCUCAUUUUCUGCCAGUUCACUGAAACAGUCAGUGAGUCAAUCAGUACAAGUUUUUUGCCAAAUCAUUGUAUUUUGCCAAAUGUUGUGUUUUAACUGUAGAUGUCUGAUAGUGUCAAAGAAAAUAAAGAUGUGGACAAAU